AUGGAAUAUUCAGUUUCUCCAAAUUGUGAUGUUAUGCAAACUUAUGUGGAUUCAAUAGAACUUCGUAUUUCACUAAUUGUCAAUUUGAUAAUUGCAAUUGUUGCAUUUCCAAUUUUAGUAAAAUCAAUUAUUUAUAUUUGGAAAACUGAUACAUUUCAUAGAAAUACAAAAAUGCAAAUAUUUGUUCAUCUGAUUGCUCUUCUGAUUCAUGUUAUUGGAAGGUAUUUCUUUCUUUACUUGAUUUUAAGAACACAAUCAAAUAAAAAUAACCUGCUUUUAAAAAUAAAAAAUGGGAAAUGAAAUCGUAAAUUUCACGUGAAAAAUAAUAUGUUUAUUUCAGACUUGGUUUACAUUCUCUUGAUCUUUUCAAUUAUUUUUCUCUGGGUGGUAAUUCAUCUGCUUGUGAAAUAAUUCCAAAAUUUUAUCGAUGUUUAAUUCUGCGUGCAUUCUAUAAUAUCGGUCUUGCACUUUCAUCAAUGUGUUCAAUUUGUUUGGUUUUAGAAAGAUAUGCAUCUACCGUAUUCUCUUCAAAUUAUGAACAUUGUGGUCCAAAUUAUGGAAUUGCUUUAGUUUCUGUGCAAAUACUUUUAGCUACUAGUUUUAUUGGAAGUCUUUAUUUUUAUGCAAGUUUUCAACCCGGUAAUAAUGUUUUAUAUUAUUGUCAAACAAUUGCCAGUUCUCGAGGGAAUAUAUUUUUUGUUGUCAUACCUCUGUACUUUAUUUUAGCGACACAGAUUAUUGCUCGACUAAUGUUCAAAGUUCUGAUGAGAAAAAAUCAAGUAAGAUUGGAAUUGUCGUAAUACUAAAAAUAAACUUUUUCUUACAGAAACUUCGAACUCGUCAAACAAUUUCGUUGAGCACUCGAUAUAAUUUGGAUCAAAGUAUUUGA